CUUCGCCUCCUCCAAGCUCCAUGUGAGUGGCUGCCAGCAGCAACAGCAGCAGCCGCAAAAGAGAGCAGAGCAUGGCUCCCCCCACAGGCAGCGUCAUGGAUGGCCAGUCUCCUCGUUCUGUCGCCAACCGCCUCCGGUGGGACCUGACGGCCGAUCAGAUUGAAAGGGCGACAGUGGAGCUCAUCGAGAAGACCAAGCAGGUGUACGAUACGGUGGGCGCUUUGCCACAGAGCGAAGUCUCCUAUGAAAACACCCUAAAGGCUUUGGCGAAUGUGGAGGUGGAAUAUACAGUUCAGAGAAACAUGCUGGACUUCCCUCAGCACGUCUCUCCGUGCAAAGACAUCCGCACAGCGAGCACUGAGGCUGAUAAGAAGCUGUCAGAAUUUGAUGUGGAGAUGAGCAUGAGACAAGAUGUCUAUCAAAGGAUUAUCUGGCUCCAGGAAAAGGCGGAAAGUGCAUCUCUGAGGCAAGAAACAAAGAGAUACCUGGAGCGGCUGAUAAAGUUGGGCAGAAGGAGCGGGCUUCAUCUUCCAGAGGAGACUCAGGAGAAAAUCAAGGCCAUUAAGAAGAAGCUGAGUGUGCUUUGCAUUGACUUCAACAAAAACCUCAACGAGGACACAACCUUCUUGCCGUUCACAAAGGAAGAGUUAGGAGGGCUCCCAGAGGACUUUUUAAACGCCCUGGAGAAAACUGAAGAUGGGAGGCUGAAGGUGACCUUGAAGUACCCCCAUUAUUUUCCUCUUAUGAAGAAGUGCCAUGUGCCAGAGAUCAGGAGAAAGAUGGAGGAGAUGUUCCAGCUCCAGACAUCACAGGAGAAUUGCCUGAUCCUGAAGGAACUGGUGGAUUUACGGGCUCAGAAAUCUGCUCUCCUGGGGUUCAAGACGCAUACUGACUUUGUACUGGAAAUGAACAUGGCUAAGAAUUACAAGACAGUCAUGAACUUCCUAGACGAGCUGGCCGUGAAGCUGAAGCCUCUCGGGGAGAAGGAGCGGGCCACGAUCCUGGACCUGAAGCAGAAGGAGUGUGAGAAGCGGGGCCUCCCGUUUGACGGCCGCAUCAACGCCUGGGAUAUGCGGUACUACAUGAACCAAGUAGAGGAGACCCAAUACAACGUGGACCAGAACCUGCUGAAGGAGUACUUCCCCAUGCAGGUGGUGACGGCCGGCCUGCUAGAGAUCUAUCAGGAGCUUCUCGGUCUCACCUUCCACUUGGAGGAGAACACCCCCGCGUGGCAUGAAGAUGUCCGGCUCUACACGGUCAAAGAUGUCGCCUCUAGAGAGACCAUUGGCAAGUUCUACCUGGACCUUUAUCCACGCGAGGGGAAGUACGGCCACGCAGCCUGCUUCGGGCUGCAGCCUGGCUGCCUGCUGGCCGAUUCAAGCCGCCAGAUAUCCGUGGCUGCCAUGGUAGCCAACUUCACCAAGCCGACGCCAGAUGCUCCUUCUCUGCUGCAGCAUGAUGAGGUGGAGACAUAUUUCCAUGAAUUCGGACACGUUAUGCACCAGCUGUGUUCACAGGCUGACUUCGCUAUGUUCAGUGGGACCCACGUCGAGAGGGACUUUGUGGAGGCUCCGUCUCAGAUGCUGGAGAACUGGGUGUGGGAAAAGGAGCCCCUGAUGCGCAUGUCCAAGCACUACAAGACGGGCAGCCCCAUCCCCGACGAGCUCCUGCAGAAGCUCAUGAAGUCUCGCCAGGCCAACACAGGGCUCUUCAAUUUGCGGCAGAUUGUUCUGGCUCGAGUGGACCAGGCCUUGCACACGCAAACGAAAGCCGACCCUGUAAAGGAGUAUGCCCAACUAUGCGAUGAGAUACUGGGUGUUCCAGCAACACCAGGUACAAACAUGCCAGCCACGUUUGGCCACUUGGCCGGAGGCUACGACGCCCAAUACUACGGCUACCUCUGGAGCGAGGUGUACUCCAUGGACAUGUUCUACACACGCUUCAAGCAGGAGGGGAUCAUGAACUGUAAGGUGGGCACGGACUACCGGAACUUCAUCCUCCGCCCGGGUGGCUCGGUGGAUGCCUGGGACAUGUUACGGAAGUUCCUGGGCAGAGAUCCGAACCAGGACGCCUUCCUGGUCAGCAAGGGCCUACACGUGGAGCCCCACAUGCUCCCUUCAGCAUGCUGAGUGGGCCCUCUCUCCUCCCCUGAUCUGAGUAAACCUCUCCCAUGUCAUUCUCUGUGUGCUCGGAGGUAGCUGCUCUCACAUCGCCUGAGGUUAAUGGUUGGGAAAGUAUUUUGUAAAAAUAAUGGGAAGCAUCAUAUGCUGACAAGAGGGCUGCUUCGUCUUGGUGGCGGGGCCCAGCCGUGUGGUACAAACUGCUUUCUAGAUCUCUUGCCCCCAUCUCUCUUCACUCCCCCAAAUCCCAAGCUUGGUGGAAAGCUAGAUAUGAUGUCUGUAUAUUGUUUUUUUCUUGACACGGGGAAUGGUGCAUAUUUGUUUUUAAAAAGCAAUAAUAUCAAAUAUUAUCUAUGAUCGUUUUCAUACAUGCUUCACUAGUUUCUUACAAAUUAAGCUAUCUUCUCAGACCUGCAUAAUUCAUAUUUUUCCUCUGGUAGCCCCACGUGGCGAGGUAGAAUCUGUAAUCUUGAAACAUCUGGCUACUCUUAAUUUGGAUCCCUGGGAUUUUCUACUUCUGCUGCAAAUUGAUCCUAGCCUAGAUUCAUCAUGGACCCAGUUCUCACUUUUGCAAAGUUAAAACAAUAGGCUUAGUAAGAUGUUAGCUCUGCUCGGGAUGCCGUUGUAAGUUUUAGAAUAUAGCUGGUGUUUUCCUGUCAACUUCAAAAAGUGCAGGAGUGUUGGCAAAGAGACAGACUUCACUGUCUGCACCCACUGGAACUGUCAACCACCUUUCCCUCUCCUUGCAAUAUCAAAGCCUCAUUUUUGCCUUAUCAGCAGCUUGGCUUAGUUCUUCUUGCCCUCAAGGUCAGGACAGAAGACCUUUGGCAACCCCAGGCUGGUCAAGUGUGUUUCAUUUAUUUAUUUGAUCAGAUUGUGCAAGGCAUUGUGCAUUACGCCGUUUUGCAGCGUUUCUGGUUUGCCUUCUAAAUUUCCUCGCUUGUAGUACAGUGUUUGAUGGUCGGAUUGAUUAGCCUUCCUCUGUUAUCUUCAAAAAAGAAGAAAGUCAAACUGUGGGAUAAGGCAGUCCCAAUGGCUUAAACCUUUCAAAUUCCAGAUUUUUUGAUGGCGCCAGAGUUUACAAACAGACCUGGAUUUAGAUAGUUAGAUAUUCAAGUGACAAGUCAGGGGGCCUCAACUUAACUCUGCUUUUCUGCUCUGGAAAGCCAGCUUUGUGUUUGUCUGUUUGUCCUGGAAUGGUUCUCUUUCUUCCCACUUCCACAUGCUCAGGGAUCAGGGGUUAUUUCCCCAUAAGUUCCGGAUCUAGGUUGCUUUGGCAGCCGUUUGCCAUGCUCCCAUUCCUCUGCCCAACCCCAUAAGGGAGGCUAGCAUCAGAAAGGGGCGGUUGGUCAGCAGAUGCAAAUUGACUUUAUACAGCACCUUUCGAUAGUGCAGCAGUUAGCCAGGAGGAAUGCUUUCUGUCUUUGAACUUUUUCCUGUGGCUUACCUUUGGAUCUUUGUAGUGGGACAGAGCAAAUUAAAAGUAAAACAUGCAGGGGAAAAUCCACACUGAUCCAUAUCAAGAAGGGACUCUCUCCCCAUCGGUGAGAUGUCCUCUGUGCUUAAACUGCGGUUGACACAAGUACGAAGCUAAGCUUUGAGCUGCCUUUUGGAUGCAAACCCCUCCUUUAGGAAUUUCUGGCAGGACAGCGGCCAUAAACACUACCGAUCUAUUGUAGGGAUUAUGGUGGAAAACUCAAGCAGGUGCUGGUUCUGAGCAGUCACUUUACUACAAAAUUCUCACCCUCAUUUCUUCCUAAUCUAAAACAGAUUGUGGGUUGGAAGUUCCGAGCACAGCCUUCUGUUUUGCAAACGGGUCACCCAUGUACGCGCUGCUCCCCUUCUUAUUACAAGGACUGGAUUUUUGAUUUGAUGACGGAUACUACCAAUAAAGUUUCUAAAGUUGAA